GACUAUUAAAGUACUCAAGGCGAAGAUGCAACGGGGUCGUAACUGCUGACUUUCAUAACACUAGUAGUAUUGAACCAGUCUUAGUGGAACAGAAUGUUAUGCUCUGAGUUAAUUCUUGUGGCUGUCAUCGUAGUUUUCCAUCAUUGUACAGCUAAGCCACUAUUACUACUUGCGAAUCGUCUGGAUGUGCAACUUAUUGAUGCCGCAUACAGUGCUAAUUUCACCAUUGUCCAAAAUGGUCUGGAAGAUGCGUCCGCCCUAGAUUUCUGCUUUAAAGACAGAUCAGUGUUCUGGACAGAUGUUAGUCUGGCCAAGAUCAAAAGGACGUGGAUAGACAGACCAAAAAAUAGCGAGGAUAUCAUUGUAUCAGGACUAGUGUCACCAGAUGGUCUUGCUUGUGACUGGGUUGCGCGAAAAUUGUAUUGGGCAGACUCAGAAACGAAUCGUAUUGAAGUUAGUAACUUAAAUGGAAGUUUUCGAAGUGUUUUGUUUUGGGAAGAAUUGGACCAACCACGAGCCAUUGCCUUGGAUCCUCUCACUGGAUGGAUGUUUUGGACAGACUGGGGAGGUGUACCAAAGAUCGAGCGAUCAGGGAUGGACGGAGAUCAGACAACACGCUCAACCAUCAUCGGUAGUAAUAUUCAGUGGCCAAACGGUCUAACCAUCGACUACGCUGACAACAAAAUCUACUGGGCUGACGCAAAGAUUAAUUACAUCGCCAGCUGUGAUUACGAUGGAACAAAUCGUAGAGAGGUGGUAUCUGGGGAGCAGAUGUUGUCACACCCCUUUGCAUUAACACUGAGUGACAGGACUCUGUAUUGGACAGACUGGCAGGAUCGCUCAAUCUUUUCCUGUGAUAAAAUAACGGGUAGUAACAUUCGACCAGUGAUGGAGGAGAUCUACUCUCCUAUGGAUAUCCAUGUAUUCAGCUCCAGCAGGCAGCCAUUAAGGCCAGGCAGACAUCCAUGUACAGUUAACAAUGGCGGUUGUUCUCAUCUCUGUCUGAUAUCCACCAAAGAUCCGUUUUACACCUGUGCUUGUCCCACAGGUGUCAGGCUUUUGAGCAAUACCGACUGUGCCGAAGGCGUGGAAAAGCUGCUGCUGCUGGCCAGACGUAAAGACAUCCGUAAAAUCUCCCUGGACAUGCCUGACCACACGGGUGUUGUACUUGCCUUGGAAGAGAUCAAGCAUGCCAUCGCUAUUGACUACGAUCCGGUGGAGAAGCAGGUUUAUUGGACAGACGAUGGGUUGUAUGUCAUAAAAAGGGCCUACCUGAACGGGACAGGAGAAGAAGUAAUCCACGCUGACUUAGAUCAACCAGAUGGUAUAGCUGUAGACUGGUUCGCCAGGAACUUGCUUUGGACAGACGCAGGGUCUAACCGAAUAGAAGUAUCCAGACUCAAUGGCACCUCUAGAAUGGUUCUUAUUUCUGAGGACCUGGAUGAACCGCGAGCCAUAGUACUUGAUCCAGUAGCAGGGUUGAUGUACUGGAGUGACUGGGGAGAGGUACCCAAGAUAGAAGUGGCUAACCUAGAUGGAAGUAGCCGACAGAUCUUGGUCAACUCAUCACUGGGCUGGCCUAAUGGACUGGCCAUCGAUGUAGCCGCCAACCCCAAGAAACUUUACUGGGGGGAUGCUAAAUACGACAGAAUAGAGGUGGCUAACGUAGACGGAUCUAACAGAGAAAUUCUGGUGGGCGAACGGCAAAGGAUUCCACAUCUGUUUGGAUUCAGUUUGCUAGGAGAUUACAUAUAUUUUACUGAUUGGCAAAAACGGAGAAUAGAAAUGGUCAACAAACACAAUGGCACAGACAGAAAGGUCGUAGUGGACAAAAUAACUGACCUGAUGGGAUUAAAAGCUAUAAAUACACUUCAAUCGGUUACAGGUAGCAAUCCGUGCACCCGUUACAAUGGUGGCUGUAGUCAUCUCUGUCUGUACACAUCGGAUAAUGGUGUCGUGUGUGCUUGUCCAGUGGAACUAGAACUUACCAGUGAUGGAAAUACCUGCAUCCCAACUUCUCUUCUAUUUACCAGUCAGAACCGUAUUAAUCGCGUAUCCUUGGAUACCAGUCACAAUGUCACAACUAUCCCGAUCGAAGGAGUCAAAGCCUUAGCUAUUGCUUUCCAUGUCGCAGACAGCAAAAUAUAUUGGAUAGAUGGAGACAGAAGGCAAAUAGUAGGAGCUUUCUUCAACGGCAGUGCGCCGGACGCCAUUGUUUGGUGUGGACUUGCAGACCCACAGAAUAUAGCUGUCGAUUGGAUGGCGAGGAACAUAUACUGGAUUGAUGCAGGAAAGGAACCACGGAUUGAGGUGGCUCGCUUAGAUGGCUCGUCUCGCCGCGUCAUCAUCUGGAAAGAUUUAGAAUCCCCAAGGGCAUUGGCCGUUGAUCCCUUGAAUGGGUAUCUCUACUGGACGGACUGGAGCACACAGAGACUAGAGCGGGCCGCCCUGGAUGGAACCAUGAGAAAGACCAUUAGAACUGAGAUUGGACAAGUCUAUGGACUGACUAUUGACUAUGGAGAGAAGAGGUUGUACUGGACAAGCAUAGACAAAAAAGUUAUUGCAUCCUCCGAUUUGAACGGACAACACAUGAAAUUAGUCAUCACAGACCAGGUUUCACAGCCCACCGGAAUAACGCUAUAUCGCAACUUUCUGUUGUGGGCGGAUAGUGACAGACAGACCAUAGAACUGGCCAAUAAGUCCUCGGGCACCAACCGCACCACCAUUCAAACCAGCAUAGACGGUGUGGGAGACAUCCUGGUCUUCCAUUCCUCCAGACAGCCAGGAAGUAACAACUGUAGGAACAAUAACGGCGGCUGUUCCCAUUUGUGUCUGGCCCACCCCGUCAACCAUUCCUCUGGAACUACUCAUCACUGUGCAUGUCCCACUCACUUUCGACUUAACUGGGACAACAAGACAUGUUCAGCUCCCAAUACGUUUCUGUUGUUCAGUCAGAAGAACUCCAUCAGUCGUCUGGUGAUUAACAAUGAUGAUUUCGACCCUGACACUCCAGAGGUGGUUCUUCCCAUACCACAGCUGAAGAACAUCAAAGCUCUCAGUUACGACCCAGUCAAACAUUUUCUUUACUGGAUUGAGGGCAAAAAUAUGGUGAUCAAAAAGGCUGCCAAUAAUGGAACCCAAGUCUCAAUAGUUGUGUCCAAUCCAGCAUCAGAGCACCGACCUUUUGACAUUGCUGUGGACCCGUACUCUCGUGUUCUGUACUGGACCUGUGCUAAGAAGAACACUAUCAAUAUCACUGGUCUGGAUGGCACUCCAGUAGGGGUCAUUGUAGAAGGGGAUAAUAUUGUACCCAGAUACAUAGCCCUCAAUCCACUGGCAGGUCACAUGUACUGGACAGACAUGGGCAAUCACCCCUCUAUCAUGCGAGCUUCUAUGGACGGCACAGGACACAUCAAAUUGUUUGCUUCGGAAUUAGAUCGCCCUGGCCCUCUAGCUAUUGAUGUAGAGGGCAAUCGAUUAUACUGGGCUGAUUCCCGUCUUAAUCGCAUUGAAUGCUCCGACUUGUCUGGAGGUAAUAGGAAGAACUUGGUAGAUCAAGGUGUAGCUAAUCCACGUGGAAUGGCCAUUUUUGGUAAUUUCCUGUACUGGAUUGAUAUGCAACACCGAACGAUCAGUCGAGCUGAUAAAAUUACUGGAGAAAACAAAUAUAUUAUCGAUAAAGGGUUGGAGAACCCAAGUGAUCUCGAAGUGGUGAGAUAUUUUGUACCUAAAUAUAUCUUCCCAUGUGCCAAAAAUAAAGGCAACUGCUCACAUAUCUGCGUGGUGGAUGGUGAAAUGAAGGCACGGUGUUCUUGUCCAAUGGGGCAAGUUCUACAACAAGAUCAAAAGACUUGUAGAGUUCCCUCACCAUGUUCUGGGCAGUUCGCAUGUACUAGAGGUUUAUCUGCAUGGUCGAUCGUAGUAAUAUCAAUAACAGUAACAUUAAUUGUUGUGAUACUUAUGAUUGUAUUAGUACGUCAAUACAAGAUUCGAAAACUGAAUAACGUCGGACACAACCAACAAGAAAACCAGAUGAUGUUAGAUGAGACAAGUGCAGAAUUGGAGCAGAGGUGGGCAUCUCAACUAGCUAUCUACAACUUUGUAAUCAGGUACAAAACAGGAAAAACCAAUCAAGCUGUCGACUCUCUGUCCAGAUUACCACGACAGAGAACGGAGUCCAAAAUCGUCAUGUGGCUGGGAGGAACAAGAUUCAGGACUCUUGGGGGAAAGGGGAAUUUUGUGGUUCUUCGAAUCCUAAACGAUGAUGGACACAUUUACGAGAUUGUGCAAGCAGAUGGUUGUGGAGACCCGAAAAUAGUGAACCGGUGUCUGCUUCAACUCAAUCCUGGACUGCCAGACUUUGGUCUGUCGAUAGGGUUUCAAAAAAUGUUAUUUAUAUUUGUCUUUAUUGGAAUAAUUUUCACGAGUUCAGCUAAGCCAUUAUUACUACUUGCGAAUCGUCUGGAUGUGCAACUUAUUGAUGCCGCAUACAGUGCUAAUUUCACCAUUGUUCAAAAUGGUCUGGAAGAUGCGGCCGCCCUAGAUUUCUGCUUUAUAGACAGAUCAGUGUUCUGGACAGAUGUUAGUCUGGCCAAGAUCAAAAGGACGUGGAUAGACAGACCAAAAAAUAGCGAGGAUAUCAUUGUAUCAGGACUAGUGUCACCGGAUGGUCUUGCUUGUGACUGGGUUGCGCGAAAAUUGUAUUGGGCAGACUCAGAAACGAAUCGUAUUGAAGUUAGUAACUUAAAUGGAAGUUUCCGAAGUGUUUUGUUUUGGGAAGAAUUGGACCAACCACGAGCCAUUGCCUUGGAUCCUCUCACUGGAUGGAUGUUUUGGACUGACUGGGGAGAGGUUCCAAAGAUCGAGCGGGCGGGAAUGGAUGGAGAUCGGACAAUACGCUCAAUAAUUAUUGAUAGUAAUAUUCACUGGCCCAAUGGUCUAACCAUCGACUAUGCUGACAACAAAAUCUACUGGGCUGAUGCAAAGGUUAAAUACAUUGCCAGCUGUGAUUACGAUGGAAAAAAUCGUAGAGAGGUGGUAUCUGGGGAGCAGAUAUUGUCACACCCCUUUGCAUUAACACUGAGUGACAGGACUCUGUAUUGGACAGACUGGCAGGACCGCUCAAUCUUUUCCUGUGAUAAAAUAACGGGUAGUAACAUUCGACCAGUGAUGAAGGAGAUCUACUCUCCUAUGGACAUCCAUGUAUUCAGCUCCAGCAGGCAGCCUCUGAGGCCAGGCAGACAUCCAUGUACAGUUAACAAUGGCGGUUGUUCUCAUCUCUGUCUGAUAUCCACCAAAGAUCCGUUUUACACCUGUGCUUGUCCCACAGGUGUCAGACUUCUGGACACUACCACCUGUGCCAAAGGCGUAGAACAGCUGCUGCUGCUGGCCAGACGUCGAGACAUCCGUAAAAUCUCCUUGGACAUGCCCGACCACACGGAUGUUGUGCUGCCGCUGGAAGAGAUCAAGCAUGCCAUCGCUAUUGACUACGAUCCGGUGGAGAAGCAGGUCUAUUGGACAGACGAUGAAGUACGAGCCAUUAAAAGGGCCUACCUGGAUGGGACAGGAGAGGAAGUUAUAAUCCGGACGGGUGUCGAUCAUCCAGAUGGAAUAGCUGUGGAUUGGAUUGCCCGGAACUUGUACUGGACAGAUACUGGCACUGACCGGAUUGAAGUAGCCCGACUGAAUGGAACCUCUAGGCGGGUUCUGAUUUCUGAUGACUUGGAUGAACCAAGAGCGAUAGCAUUGGACCCAGUUGCAGGGUUGAUGUACUGGAGUGACUGGGGAGAGGUACCCAAGAUAGAAGUGGCUAACCUAGAUGGAAGUAGCCGACAGAUCUUGGUCAACUCAUCACUGGGCUGGCCUAAUGGACUGGCCAUCGAUGUAGCCGCCAACCCCAAGAAACUUUACUGGGGGGAUGCUAAAUACGACAAGGUAGAGAUCUCUGAUGUGGAUGGAACUAACAGGAAAGUUCUGGUGGAUGAGCGGCAGAAUAUCCCACAUUUGUUUGGAUUCAGCUUGCUAGGAGAUUAUAUUUAUUGGACUGACUGGCAGAGACGGUCCAUAGAGAGAGUGAACAAACACAAUGGAACAGACAGGAAGGUCAUUGUAGAACAACUUCCGGACCUGAUGGGCUUAAAGGCUGUCAGUGUGUUUAAUUAUUCAGGUACCAAUCCGUGCGCCCGUUACAAUGGUGGCUGUAGUCAUCUCUGUUUGUACACAUCGGAUCAAGGUGUUGUGUGUGCUUGUCCAAUGGGAUUGGAGCUUGUCAGCAAUGGAAAAACUUGCAUCGUACCUGAGGCCUUCCUUUUGUUUACUAGUCACCAUGACAUCAAGCGCAUGUCCUUAGAAACCAACCACCGUAUUCGACCUAUCCCAAUCAAAGGGGUCAAGGCAGCCCUGGCUAUAGAUUUCCACAUUGCAGAUGACAGAAUCUAUUGGACAGAUGGAGAUCUGAAGAGAAUAAGCAGAGCCUUUCUAAAUGGCAGUGCACUAGAGCCCAUUGUACAGUAUGGUCUUGCAUACCCAGAGGGAAUAGCUGUUGAUUGGGUGGCUAAGAAUAUAUACUGGAUUGACACGGGAAAGAAACGGCGUAUUGAGGUGGCUCGGUUAGACGGCUCGUCUCGUCGUGUUAUCAUCUGGAAAGAUUUAGAGUCCCCCAGGGCUCUGGCAGUCAACCCCCCAGACGGUUUUAUCUACUGGACGGACUGGAGCACACAGAGACUAGAGCGGGCCGCCCUGGAUGGAACCAUGAGAAAGACCAUUAGAACUGAGAUUGGACAAGUCCAUGGACUGACUAUUGACUAUGGAGAGAAGAGGUUGUACUGGACAAGCAUAGACAAAAAAGUUAUUGCAUCCUCCGAUUUAAAUGGACAAGACAUGGUAUAUGUUAUCACUGAUCAGGUCCCACAGCCCAUGGGUCUGACUCUGUACCACGACUUUAUAUUUUGGGCUGAUUGGCAGAGGCAGACCAUAGAACGGGCAAAUAAGUCCUCAGGAACCAACCGCACCACCAUUCAGACCCGCAUAGACAGUGUACGAGACAUCCUGGUCUUCCAUUCCUCCAGGCAGUCGGGGAGUAACAACUGUAGGAACAAUAACGGCGGCUGUUCCCAUUUGUGUCUGGCCCACCCCGUCAACCAUUCCUCUGGAACUACUCAUCACUGUGCAUGUCCCACUCACUUUCGACUUAACAGGGACAACAAGACAUGUUCAGCUCCCAAUACGUUUCUGUUGUUCAGUCAGAAGAACUCCAUCAGUCGUCUGGUGAUUAACAAUGAUGAUUUCGACCCUGACACUCCAGAGGUGGUUCUUCCCAUACCACAGCUGAAGAACAUCAAAGCUCUCAGUUACGACCCAGUCAAACAUUUUCUUUACUGGAUUGAGGGCAAAAAUAUGGUGAUCAAAAAGGCUGCCAAUAAUGGAACCCAAGUCUCAAUAGUUGUGUCCAAUCCAGCAUCAGAGCACCGACCUUUUGACAUUGCUGUGGACCCGUACUCUCGUGUUCUGUACUGGACCUGUGCUAAGAAGAACACUAUCAAUAUCACUGGUCUGGAUGGCACUCCAGUAGGGGUCAUUGUAGAAGGGGAUAAUAUUGUACCCAGAUACAUAGCCCUCAAUCCACUGGCAGGUCACAUGUACUGGACAGACAUGGGCAAUCACCCCUCUAUCAUGCGAGCUUCUAUGGACGGCACAGGACACAUCAAAUUAUUUGCUUCGGAAUUGGAUCGCCCUGGCCCUCUAGCCAUUGAUGUAGAGGGCAAUCGAUUAUACUGGGCUGAUUCCCGUCUUAAUCGCAUUGAAUGCUCCGACUUGUCUGGAGGUAAUAGGAAGAACUUGGUAGAUCAAGGUGUAGCUAAUCCACGUGGAAUGGCCAUUUUUGGUAAUUUCCUGUACUGGAUUGAUAAGCAACAGCAUGUCAUCAGCAGGGUUGAGAAAACCACGGGUAAAAAUAGAUCUUACAUCCAAGGCAGACUGGAACAUCUUAGUGAUUUACUAGUGGCCAGAGAUUUAGUUCCAGAAGAUCUCAAUCACCCUUGUGCCAAAAAUAAGGGCGACUGCUCACAUAUCUGUGUGGCAGAUAGUGGUGGAAAGCCUAGGUGUUCUUGUCCUGUGGAUCUUGUGUUAAAACAAGAUGACAAGACUUGUGCAGAUCCACCUACCUGCUCACCAGAGCAGUUUACUUGUGUCAGUGGGGAGAUCCAUUGUAUCCCCAUGAUGUGGAUAUGUGAUGACGUAGAGGAAUGUGCAGACGGGUCUGAUGAAAAGAAUUGUCCCAUCUGUCAUCCACAAGAUGAGUUUAAGUGUGACAAUAAUCGUUGUAUUAGCAUCAAAAGUGUUUGUGAUGGAGAGAUGCAAUGUGAUGAUCAAACAGAUGAAUCUAACUGUGAUCCAACAGGUGGGGCCCCUCAUAAUUGUAAGGAGGAAAACUGCCCUCCACCAGUCGCCAAAUCCUCACCCAGCAAGGAGGUAGCCACAUGGACCAUUGUAAUAGUGGUGGGUCUAUUAGCCAUUGUGUUAGUGUUCGUAUUUGUGUUUGCAUGUCGCCGCAGGAAUCCACGAUUAAUUUACGAAGAGCGCAGCGACAUGAGUCAAUUAAAACCAUUGAAUUCUGUACAAACAGGAGAGACAACUCUGAAUACCUUGUCAUCUCAUGGGGGUAAAUCCCAUGAGACUGGAUUAUCCUCAGUGACAGUACCGCUGUACGAGAGAAGUCGUGUGACUGGGGCAUCCUCCAGCAGCAGCACAGUGACUCAAUACCCUAAAGAGACCCUCAACCCCCCACCUAGUCCUGUCACGGACCGGUCGGUGUAUACGGGGGCAUACUCGGGCUAUUCCUCCAAUAGUCCAUCAACUGUCAGGUCAUAUCGACCGUAUAAACUAAGAAUACACAAUAUCCCCCCUCCCCCCACCACGCCCUGUAGCACGGACGUUUGUGAGGAAAGUGAACCUUAUCCUACCAAGAAAUACUACAAUCAGUCUAUAUCAGAACUGUACAACUACGAUCCCUAUCCCCCGUUACCCACUCCCUAUUUUUCAGACGAUAUGAGUUGUCCCCCUUCACCACCAUCAACUGAAAGAAGUUUCUUUAAUCCAUAUCCUCCACCCCCCUCACCAGUGGCCGAGAGUUCAGAUUGUUAGUUUAUAUAUAUUGACCGUACAAAUAAUAUUUCAUAGUGUCAAAUGUGAUCUUUUACACUGAGUGCUAGGAACUGAGACGUGUGAUAUGACAAAAGAAUUUUAUACCUAUUUUUUGUUAUUGUUUGACAGUAUUUAUACACAUAUAUAAAAUCAGCAUUGUAUGAUCAGUUGUCUAUAUAACUUUGUGUAGAAUCUCUCCUUAUUUAUAGAGAAAAAAUGGACACAUGUUAUUAUCAAUGUAGCAGUUUAAUCUUCAUUAUUCAACUGGUUAAGUUUAAAACAGGCAUAUUUAAUGAGCUUUGGCAUUUCAUACAAUACAUGGAAAGAAAAUUUAUAUGUAUUAUUUCAUUUUUUCUGGAAAUUUAUGCACAACUAUAUAUUAAUGUAAAAGAUGUAUAAGCACUGUUAUGUUUUGAAAAGUUGUCCCAAGGGAUUUAUUUGUUGUUAAUUUUAAUCUUUCAUUGAUAUUUGAAAUAGAAAUGGAGACAAACUUUAAAUGUUGGAUAACAUAACUGCAGUCAUUAAUUAAAGAAUUGAACUGUUACACAAAAUAAGAUACCAAGAUAGCUUGGAUACCUGUUAUUUAAGGCACCUUUCACUCCACAUUUUUUUUCUCCUUGGGACUACUUGUUUUGCCUGAUGAAGUGUUGUAUAUUUGACAAGAAACUGUUUGUAUGGAAAUCCUGGUGUUUGUAUGAAGAGGUGCUUUGCUGAGUUUAGUUCAAAGAAGCUCCAGCUCAUGUGUUCAUGGUAAUAAUGUUUUUAUUUCUACCUCUUCAGGAGCGGUCAUUGUGGUCAGUAACAAUCUGUUGGUCACUUUUUCUCUCUCUUUUAAGUGUUUAGCACUAUCAUGUAAAUACUCUAUAGGUUGUGUAUUAUGUUUCUAUUGCCGUGUUUUUCAAAUAGCACAAAAUGUUAUUUCAUAUUUUAGUGUAUAAAAUUGUUGUUAUUGGUGAGGUUUGAUGGGUUGUUUUUAGGGAAAUAACAAGAAACGUAAAACUUUUUUUUUAUGAUGAUACUUACUAGAUUUAAGAGUAAAAUGUUCAGUCUGUAAGAAUACUUGCCAAUUGAAAUAUAUGUAAUGUCAAUUGAUUCAGAUAAAAUUGACAUUUUAAACAUGAAAUGGAUGUUUCUUAUAUUAGGAAUGAACACUUAUCGAUAUUUUUUUAAUCAGGUCAGUUAUUUUGUAAAAGGUUGUGAAAACAGUGGCCAACAGAUCGCUGUGUGAAGUGCUUUUGUAAUGGGCUGUAAUGUUUAUGUACAUAUGAUUUCUUGUGCCAUAUUUUAUCUAAUGAGUAAAGGAACACUACACUAAAACGACUUUUAGAGAAGUUUGAAGGGUAAACUUAGCAUUUGCUGUGAUUUCACAGAUUGAAUUCAGUAGAGACUUGUUUUUAUCUGAAACUGAAGAUUUUCUUUUUAUAGUUAACGACUGUACAAAAUUUAUAGAUAAUUUGUCUGAGGCAGCAAUACAAUAUGAAUUAGUAUAUGUAUGGCAUUUUGUGUGGAUUAUCUUUCAUACUUUGGUAGUACUGAGAUCAAAUAAUCAUGUGUUUGUCUUGUGAUAAUUUUGGAAGUUUUGUUUUUGUUGUGUUUGGAAUUAUAGUGCUGCUUGUAUAUAGCAAUUUUUACUUUUAAAGAAAAAUUAUUUCACAUUUUGUUUUCAGUUACACAAAUUGUGAUAUUUAUUUUCAAUUUGAUGCAUGCUGAAAUUUUAUUUGUGUCUGUUAUCUUUUUUUUAAAAAGAUCAUUUAGCCAAAUUAUGUUUUAGAAAGCUCUGAAGACUGAUGUUAUUUGCAUGUUCAUAUUUUAUUGACAGGUAAAUAUAUAUAUAUAUAUAUAUAUAUAUAUAUAUAUAUAUAUAUAUAUAUAUAUAUAUAUGAUGAAUGCCAUGUACAAAAUGGCAUAUAAAUAUCAAAUCACAAAUCUAAAUUUUGUCUUCCAAGGAAGCAAACUGCAUCAAAUCUAGAUUUUUAUAGCUAACAGAACAUAUUUCAAAUUCAAUUAUAAUUCAGCAAUUGUAUUUGUAUUCUUCAACAUAUGUAAAGCUGAUCAUUUUCUCCAAUCUGCAUCCUGGAAACUAGAGAUUGCAUUGGGUUUUUGUCUGUUUGGUUUUUUUUUAUUUUUAUUUUUUUAUUUUUAUUUUUGUUUUGUUUUGUACGUGUGUGUCGUCCCUUUGUUUAUCCAAAAAAUUAAUCUUUGUUCAUAACUUUUGAACAGUAUGAGAAGAAAACUUCAAAUUUGGCAUGCAUACUGUAAUUUCAAAGGUCAAGGUCAAAUAUAGUGAUCAAUGGUCAAGUACAAAUAUGCUAAUGCCGUGGGUGUGAUGUAUUUUCCCUAAAUAUUUUGCUGAAUGUAAAUUGGUAUUUGGGGAGUAUAUCCUUAAAUUCAAAAUUUAUAAAAAGUGUUUCAAAUAAUGAGCAUUUUUUUCCCAGAACCAUAUGCAAACUUAGUAUAUCAUGUAGUCUUGACAUUUACAUAGAGAUAGUUUACAAAUUUUAAAGAUUAAAACUAUUGAUUGUUUUGUUAAAAUUGAAACUUUGAAUGGCACUAAGAAUCAGUAGUUGAUAUUUAUAUUGUUAUACUUCUGAUCACUGACUUUCUAUUAACAUCAUUUUGUCAUUGUAAAAUUUCAUUGUGUAGCUUCAUGUUUGUGCCUUAGAUGUCGCAGUGUAUAAAGCUUUCACAGAUAACUCUUCUCCACUAACUGAAAGGCUAGGUAGAAAUUUAGCCAAAUAAAAAGAAAGUAAAAAACCAAUAAAACAUAACAAAAUAUUAA